UGUUCUUUCGAGGGCCUUGUUUGCUUGUGAUUUCAGACUCCGUUUCGUUGGCUCGUUUCAUUCUUUUUCACUUUCCCGUGUGUUCUGUAUAAGAUAUCGACGAGCAUAAACUUUCUGCCAUUGCGGUUCACUCGAACGAUCAAUCUCUAGUUGAUAAACCAUUUCCCUGAAGCCCUUUGGCCCUUCAAUCGGUUAGAAAAUUCCUUGGUUUUCGUGUACGAUGAUCCGUAUGAUACCCUACAAUGCUGAGGAAGAGGAGCAGGUCCAAUCAGAAACAUCAAAUGGUGUCUGCUUCGGAAUCUUUUCCGGUACAAUCUGAGGUCUCAAGGGUUAAGAACCACAGGAAAGGCUCAUUUUUCAGCAUCCCGAGCCUGUUCGUGGGUCUAAGCAACAAGGGUACAUCCGACAAUGAUCCAGCUUGGAGCCCUAAUUCCCCUUUGGAUUUCAGGUUGUUUUCGGGUUUCGGGGCCCCAUUUGCUGGAUCCUCAAAGGCAGCCCACCAUGUGCAUCAAAAGAGUUGGGAUUCUGGGAAAGUAGGUUUGAGUAUUGUGGAUUCUCUCGAGGAUCGCACCGAUGAAUCGGGGAAGGUUCUUCGAUCAUCUGAGAGUAAGAACAUCCUUUUCGCCCCUGGAAUGCGGUUUGGUUACCCCAUUUGCCCGAAAGGUGUUGAAAAGGCUCAUGAACAGAAGAAUCCUUGUCCGAAAGAUUACCCUGUUUUCCCUAAAACCCUUGCCAAGACUCCAACCAAAGAUGAUGAGCUUGGUUCUGUAUUUGAGACCAAAGACAAUCCGAUCAAGCAGGACCCUGUUUGCUCGCUGAGUUCUUACGGUGCAAAGGGCUCUUCUUCUGGAAACUCUGAGGUGGGGAAGGAUACUUACCAAGCCAUUGCCUCUAAACCUGAUAUCCUUCCACACCUUCCGAGUUUGGACGGCUCUCCUCUGAAGCAAAGCUUGGAAUCUCUUAGUGGGUGUAUGGACCCGAAUUCGGAAAGUGAGAUUGAGCUCUCGGAGGCUUAUACUUGUAUCAUUUCUCAUGGUCCUAACCCCAAAACCACUCAUUUUUACGGGGAUCGUGUUUUGGAAAAUUGGGAUACUAAUGCUUUGAACGAAGGUUUUCGCUACAAGGAGCAAAAGGGUUUCGCAGUUGUUUCAAUGCCUUUCACGAAACUAGCUGAUGUUGUCCCACCCGAAACAUUCUUGAGCUUCUGCACCUCCUGUAGCAAGGGCUUGCAGGGAAAAGCCAUAUACAUGUACAGAGGUUGCAUAGCUUUUUGCAGCGAGGAGUGUCGUUCAAAGGAGAUUCUUGCGGAUGAGAGAAUGGAUGAAGCAGCAGUAGCAGCAAAGUCUGUCGUUUCAGACAACGGCUGUAAGGACCUGUCUGGAAAGGGGAAGAAGUAGAAGAAACAGAAGCAGGAGAAUGAUAAUGGCGAUGCGAUCCUUGAAGUGGGUUCGACGAGCCUUUUGGUUUCAAAUUUUUUUUCCCGCCACCUUUUUUUUUUCCCAGACCAUUCUCCAUGAUCAUAGGAGCUCAAUUCGAAGGUGGAAGCUUUUGACUGCUGAGGUCAUCCGUUCAUGAAAAAGAGCUGCUGUUUCUUUUUGUGUUUCUUGAGUUGGCGGCCAUGGAUGAUCCUUUUGUUUUUUUUCCUGAAGAAGACAAACCGUUUUUCUUUUCAUAUGUUCAUAUGGGUCUUUUGGUUGGUCAUUCUGAUUUCGAACUUCAAAAAAAUGGAAAACAUUCCCUUAAAUAUAUUAUUUAAUA